AUGCAAAUAGCUAUAGGUGCUGCUGGAGAGAUAUCAGCAUCACAAGUGGUACAAUUGCUGAAAUUUCUUUCUUCCGAUAAUGAUAAACUUGAAAUGGCAAAAAUGGCAUUUGGUUAUGUGAUCGAUCGGGAUUCUUAUGGUAGUAUUGUCGGUGCAGCAUUUUCGUCUAGUAGUACGAAGGACAUUUUAAAUGAAUAUAUUAAUCGACAUUGGUAA